GACAUUUCUUCACCCAUUCAACGAUUUAUUACCAGAAUUUUAAGAGAAGUUGCAUCUAUAUAUUGCAUCUAACAACUUGCAAAAUUUCUGGAAUUGUCAUGUAGUGUCACUUGGAAUAGCCCAAUUAGGUUCACUCCUACUUACCCCUUGUGGGGGGUGCCACCAUUUGAGAACCACUGGUGCGAUCUGUCUACUAUCUGUAAACCAUUUCACUGAUAACUUUGCAAGCUUUUAUGUUAAAAACCUUUAUUGACUGAUUAUAAUCACUUUCUUAUGAAUUGAAUGUAAAAUUGUUUAUUUUUUGUAUAAAAACCAUGAUUUGAAUUUUGAUUUUGCAUUUAAGACCUUUAGUGUAAAAUCUAUAUAUAAUGGACGAAGAAUUAUUUGGGGAGGGAAGUAGCAGUGAGGAAGAGCAUGAAGAGGGAGUAGAGAACACAACAGAACAACAACAAGAACAAGAAAGUGCAGAAGAAGAAUCAAGUGAUGGCGGAGAGGAGGAGGCUGACCAGAAUGUGGCAAGUGGAAGCGGAUCUGAAGCAGAGUCAAAGGAAAGCUCGGCAGAAGAAGAAAAAAGUGGGGAGGAGAGUGCAGGCGAGCAGGAAGCGAGUGAUGAAGAAAAUACUGAAGAAACCGAAGACAAAGAAACUCAAGAAGCAUCAGGCAAUGAUAGUUCUGAUGGGGAGGAGGAGGCGGAAGGGGCUGCAGAGGCUUCAGGGGGAGAGGAAAGUCCUGCAGCAGCACAAGAAGAAUCAGAUGAAGGUGGGAGUGAAGCUGGAGGGGAAACCCCUGUACACUCAGAUUCUGAUGGUGAAGCAGAACAACUUGAAACAUCUGCUGACGCUGCAAAAUCUGAGGAAGAAGACAGUGAUGGGGAUAAUAAAGAAACAAAGGAGACCGCUGAGAGUGGGAGCGAAGAGGAAGAAGAUAAUAAAGAAACAAAGGAGACCGCUGAGAGUGGGAGCGAAGAGGAAGAAGAUAAUAAAGAAACAAAAGAUUCUGAUUCAGGUAGUGAUAUUGGUGGGAAAAGACCAAAAUUAACUGGAGGAAGUGACGCAAGUUCAAGUGAUGAAAAUGCUGGAGACCCGACUCAAUCAGCAGCUCAGGAAGAUUUAUUUGGUGACGCAGACGAUAUUUCAUCUUCUGACGACGAUGAAAAAAUGGAAACUGAAGAGAAUAAACCGGAAGAAGAAGAACCGACUAGAAAACCAAUGCUGUACAGUGAUGACGAAGAUGAGGAGGGAGUAAAACAACCAGCAGAAGAGGAACAGCAAGAAACAAGAAUUGAAGUUGAAAUUCCAAAGAUUAACACAGAUUUAGGAAAUUCUGUUCAUUUUGUCAGGUUCCCGAACUUCGUUAGCGUAGAGACUCGACCGUUUGAUCCAACUGUUUAUGAAGAUGAAAUUGAAGACGAUGAAUUACUGGAUGAAGAAGGAAGAACAAGGUUAAAAUUGAAAGUCGAAAACACAAUCAGAUGGAAGAAAUACACUGAUGAGAAUGGAAUGCAGCUGACAGAAUCAAACGCAAGACUGGUACGAUGGUCUGAUGGAAGUCUGUCUAUGCAUCUCGGAUCAGAAAUAUUUGACGUUCAUGUCAUGCCUUUGCAGGGCGACCACAACCAUUUAUUCAUCAGACAAGGUACAGGUUUGCAAGGCCAAGCUGUUUUCAAAACCAAGUUGACAUUCAGACCUCACAGUACAAAGUCCGCAACACAUAGAAAAAUGACAAGUCGGUUGGCGAUGCGUUUAAAUCAAAAUCAACAAAAAGUUCGAGUUCUUCCGAUAGCCGGACAAGAUCCUGAGUCGAGGAAAGCCAAACUGAUGAAGGAAGAGGAAGAUCAACUACGAGCCCAUAUGAGGAGGGAGGCACAGAAGAGAAGAAUGAGAGAAAAGGCUCAUGCAAGAGGACUCAACACCAACUACCUCGAUGACCGACUAGAUGAAGAAGAGGAUUCUGGAGCCAUCAGUGUUUCUGCGAUUAAGAACACGUUUCGUCCUGGGUUCGGGGGUGGCAGGAUGAAUAUUUAUACUUCUGACUCUGAUUCGGGGGAUGAAAAACAACUUACGAACGUGAAACGACGUCUGGAAUCGGAUUCAGAGGACUCUGAUGAAGGUGUAGACAAAAGUCAAAGAAACAAGAAGAAAAGCGAGGAGGGAGAAGGAGAAAAAAAGACAAAGAAAUAUGUCGUGAGUGAUAGUGAGGAAAGUGAGAAUGAAGAUAAUAAAGAAACAAACAAUGAGACAAGUGAAAAUGCAGCAGAAAGUCAAGAGCAACCAUCGGAUUCUUCUGAUGAAUGAUUGCCGAGAGGAAAUUCUAUGCUCUGAUUCGUCGAAUGUGAAGAGUGAUUUUGACUGCUUUGCUGGUUUUAAAAGAGGAGUUCACAUUGGAGUGUGUUCUAUUCUCAACAAGAUGGCUGCAAUCUGACAGACUUUACUUUGCAUAUGAUUGUGUACUAUCGUUGAGAUAAUAGUGUCAGCAAAAAACAAUAGGUAUAAAUGAGCUGUAUGACUUUGAGAAAUGAGUUGAGCCACAAAAUAUUGCAAGUCCAAACACCUGAAUCUUCUGGCCUGUUGUAUACAUACUGUUCUCACAUUUAAUCAAGCCGUUAUUUUGGCCUAAAAUAAAAAUCCCAAUGCAAAUAGAAAAUCUUUCGUUCAAUUUUCACUGCCACCCAUUUUUCUAUACUUCUGUACCAUCCAGAAAUGUAGCCAGCCCAAAAUUUUGGGGGGCCAGAUUUUUUUUUGGUUGAAUCACGUAAUACAAAAAUGUUAAAAAUUGGGGUGAGGCCCUCCAGGCUCCAAUGACCCCACAUGGCUAUGCCUAUGGUACCAUGUACUUGUGGAAAAUAAAAUCAGAAGCCAUAAUCCUUUGAGUAACGACAUUGAUUAUGGUGCUUUUGUAUGUUUUUUCUUAUUAAAAAUUACAAUUAUGUACG